AUGUUUUUCUUUGAGGCUCGAGCUUCAGAUUCAAACAUUUCGUCCAACGGUCUGGUGUCGGUGCGGCGGCUCCCUCCUCAGGCGCAGUACCUGGGUCAGACUCCGCCCCCGUUUGGCGUGAUGGCGGCGCUGAUGGGCGACCUGGACCGAGGUCUGGUCCACUUCAGACUGGACCGGACUCCCGGGGUCCUGGACCGGGUCCGGGAUCUGGUCCAGAAGGCCUUCCCCCGCCGAGGCCACGCCCACGAGCCCGGCGCCGCCGCCGUCGUGGUCACAUGGGACAAGAUGGCGGCGGCGGGCAGCGAGGGCCAAGAGGUGAGACGGGACGGGACCGAUAGUCAGAGGAACUCCUUCCAGUUGGUGUUGUUGCUGCUGAAGUCGUCGUCGGUCGCGGUUCUGCUCUAUCCUCGCUCCGGGCUGCAGUUCCUGUCGUCUCCCGCGGGGGGCGUGUCUCGGGCGCUGGAGGCGGGCUUUAGCGAGGGGCUGGUCUCUCAUUGGUGGUGGGGCCAGACUCAGGGGCAGCAGGAGUGGCUGACUUCAGAGGGGGAGGAGUCUGUGAGGAGGCUCGCACGUGGUUCAAACUGUGGAGUGGGCGGAGUUUGGGUCUUCGAGGUCGGAGCCGUGAAGUUUUCCCAAAUCGAACCCGGGACCGUCGCCGCGCCUCCCGAUGACAUCACCACGAGCCCGCCCCCCGCCGCCGUGUCACCGCGGCGACCGGACGAGCCCACGGCGACGCCCACACCAACGCCAACGCCGACGCCAACGAGCCCGGAGACGCAGGAGCCGGAGUACGUCUACGAGGACGAGGACACCCGGGUCACAACUACUACUGCGAAGUCCAGACCAGAGACCGGACCGGACCCGCGGUACUCUGCCCCGGAGCAUCCUCACGUUGUGGUGGUUGAUGAAGAUGAGGAUUUGAAUGUCAACGUUUUCUCGUACGACCUGGACUCGUGCGCUCAGAAGCGUCGCCGCUGUUCGCCGUUCGCCGACUGCAGAGACCACGCCUCCGGAUCCUGCUGCUACUGUCGCCGCGGUUACUACGGCAACGGGAUGGACUGCGUCGCCGAGGGUCGGCCUCAGAGGAUGAGCGGGCAGGUUUCUGGGCGCGUGUUCCUCGGUUCUUCUUCGGUUCCGUUGGAGUUUUCUCUGGAUCUUCACUCGUACGUCGUGACCAAUGACGGUCGAGCGUACGUGGCCAUCAGCUCUGUGGCCCCGCCCCUCGGCCCCGCCCUCCUGCCGCUGGCGUCUGUGGGCGGAGUCAUCGGGUGGGCGUUCGCUCUGGAGCAGCCGGGACACCGCAACGGCUUCAGCAUCGUGGGGGGCGUGUUCUCGAGGCGCGCGCAGGUGCUCUUCUCGACAGGUGAGCGCCUGUCAGUUCGGCAGGAGUUCAGGGGCAUAGACGAGCACGAGCACCUGCAGGUUCACACGGAGCUGGAGGGAACACUGCCCCCUGUGGCUCUGGGGGCCACAGUGAACGUGAACCCCUACACCGAAGUGUACCACUACUACAGUAACUUGAUCACUUCUUCUUCAAACAGAGAAUAUUCUGUCGUUUCUCCUUCGGGGGAAAUCCAGAAUCUGAGUUUCCAGUGGAGACAGAGCAUCACCUACGAGAGCUGUGCCCACGAGCCGGGACCAGGGACGGGACCCGGGACCGGACCCGGUACCGGACCCGGGACUGGACCCGGGACCGGACCAGAGACCCAGCAGCUGACCGUGGACCAGAUCUUUGUCAUGUACGACCUGGAGAACCGACUGAUCCGCUACGCCAUGAGCACCCGCAUCGGCCCCGUGCACGGCUCCGCCCCCGAGCAGAACCCCUGUUUCUCUGGAGGUCACGGCUGUGACGUAAACGCCGUGUGUCGCCCCCUGGAGGCUCAGAGCUUCACCUGCGUCUGCUCCUCCGGCUUCAGCGGAGACGGAUACUACUGCAAAGACGUGGACGAGUGUGUGUCUCCUGGUCUCUGUGGUCCAAACUCGUUGUGUUUAAACACUGUGGGCUCCUACAGCUGCAGGUGUCACCAAGGCUCCAACCUCAGUCCACAAGGACACUGCACAGGGAGACUGUUCUUCAGCUCAGACAGAGUCCGGGACACACUGCCCUCACACGUCUCCGGCUCAAAGUUCACGCUGCUCCACUCCUUAAGCCCAGCAGGGGGCGUGAGUGCAGGGCAGCGCUGUAGAAAGUGGAGGGGGUCUUCAGAGCGUGAGAGACGUUGGGCCUCAGCGCUGCUCUGCUCCAGAUCACAGAUCUCCUGCUCCAGCCGCUGCAGCAGAUCCUGGGCUCGUCUGUGGCUCCGACUGCAUGAGAGCAGUGAAGACCUGCAGCCCCGCAGACCUCUCUCUGAGGACCUCUGUCUCACUCAGCUCCAGGAGGCUCUGGAUCUCCUGGAUCUUCUGCCUCCUCUGCUCCACCAUGUGCUGGCUCUGAGCCUGAGUCUGCAGCAGAGAGGACCUCCUGCGCUCACACGCCUCCUCCAGAGACAACAGCUCAUGGUUUUCCACAGGCUCCAUCAGCUGGUGUCUUUUCAGCCCAGAGACUGUGAGAUGAGGCUGGAGGUGGCUCUCACAGAAGGAGGACAGACACACCAGGCAGGACUUGAGGGCCUUCAGCUUGGGCUCAGAGCACACAUGGAGCACAGGAACGUCUCCUCAGAGCUCCGGUCUCUGGUGGAGGACAUGUCUGAAACAGAAGAGGAGGCUGUGGAUCAGUGUCAGAGCGGCAGACACGACUGUGACGUUUCUGAGCGCGCUCAGUGCACCUACACCGGAGGCUCCUCCUACUCCUGCUCCUGUCGCCACGGAUACAGCGGCGACGGGCGACGCUGCACAGACGUAGACGAGUGUCAGGCGUCGCCCUGUCACCAGGAGGCGUCAUGUUCAAACUCUCCAGGCUCCUUCACCUGCCGAUGUAAAACCGGAUUCACCGGAGACGGAACCAAGUGUGAACGACAACCUCGUGGUCCGUCUCGCUGUGAGGAGGACCGGGCUCGGGCUUUGGUCCAGAGUCGGUCUUCGGGAGGGUUCUGGUCUUUGUUCAGACCUCGGUCUCAGGUCUGGGUCCCGCGCUGUGACCCGGGCGGAGGCUUCGAGGCGACGCAGUGCGACGCCGACCACUGCUGGUGCGUGGACCCGGACGGCGCCGAAGUGUCAGGCUCAAGGGUCAGCGGCACCGACAGCCCCCCCCACUGUACACACCAGGCCGUGACUCCGCCCCCUUCCGCAGGUGUGGGCCCCGUGACUCCGCCCCCCUUCGGCCCCGCCCCUUCUCCAGGUGUGGGUCAUGUGACUCCAGGGCCCCUCCUGCUGUUCGCUCAGAGCGGACGCAUCGAACAAGUCCCACUGAGCGAAACCGGACCAGAACCAGAUCGGACCAGACCCCUGCUGCACGUGCCAGACCGGGUGGUGAUCGCUGUGGCCUUCGACUGUGUGGACGAGUUCGUUUAUUGGACCGAGAUCUCAGGUCCGAGCAUCGGGAGAACGAGUCUGCGAGAGAGAGAAAGAGCACCCCAGACCCUGACGCGACGGGUGAACCUGCAGAGUCCGGAGGGUCUGGCCUUGGACCCGGUCUCUCGGCUCCUGUUCUGGACCGACUCGGGUCUGGACUCGAUCGAGGUCUCGAGACUCGACGGGACCCAACGCCGAGUCCUGAUCAACACCGACCUGAAGAACCCCCGCGCCAUCGUCACCGACCCGGUCUACGGGAGGAUCUUCUGGUCGGACUGGGACCGGGAUGGUCCAAAGAUCGAGAUGUCGAACAUGGACGGGUCGUACCGGACGCUUCUGGUCCAGGACGAUCUGGGUCUCCCCAACGGACUGACCUUUGACCCCCAGAGCUCCCUGCUGUGCUGGGCCGACGCAGGGACUCGUCGGGUGGAGUGUUUAGAUCUUCACGUCAGAUUGAGGAACAUUGUGUCAGAUCAAGUCCAGUAUCCGUUUGGUCUGGUGUCUGUGAACAACAAACUGUACUACACCGACUGGAGGAGGGAGGCUGUGGUGGGUCUGGAUCGGCUCAGUGGGACCGAGACCCGAGUCCUGAACCCCCAGAGAAAGUCCAGACUCUACGGGAUCUGCUCCACGGACUACUGCCCCCGAGUGUAUAAUUACUGUGAGCAGAACGGUGGAUGUUCUCAUCUCUGUUUGCCCAAAGUCGGAGGAUUUUCGUGUCUCUGCCCCGACCGAGGAGACGGGACCUGCCACGAACCGGGUCUGAACCGGGUCUGAACCGGGUCUGAACCGGGUCUGAACCGGGUCUGAACCGGGUCUGAGCCAGGACUAAAACCUCUCAAACCAAAGAAGAAUAUGUUUUGUUUUUUUAACUUGUACUUUUGUUUUUAAUGUUUUUAUUUUACUUUUUUAUUGAAACUAAAACACAAAACCUCAAAUCAGCUGAACAACAAAACUUUAAACCGAUUUAAACUUCUUUAAACCAGACGUGUGUUUUUCUUUUGUUUUUCAUAAACUCCUGGGACUUUGGUUUGUGAAU